CGCUUUCAGCCGCCUCACGUUAACCCGGGAGAGCUCCGCUGAGAGGAGAAAACCAGCGAGGCGGAGCAGGGCUUCCGCGGGGGAGGGAGAGGAGGGAUAAAAGCUUCUCUAAGAUGAGCGGCAAGGCUCCCCUGGGCCUGGAAGGCAGGGUCCGUAAAACACUGCAGAAGGUCUUCGGGUUUGAGUCCUUCAAGACAUCCCUGCAGGAAAGCGCAACUAUGACUGUGGCAAGAGGCGAGAAGGAUGUCUUUGUUUGCAUGCCCACAGGGGCGGGGAAAUCCCUGUGCUACCAGCUUCCUGCAGUUCUGGCAGUGGGCAUCACCAUUGUCAUUUCACCUCUGAUUGCACUGAUUCAGGACCAAGUGGAUCACUUGCUGGCUCUGAAGAUCAAAGCCUGCUCUCUGAACUCCAAACUUUCUGCCCAGGAAAAGAAGACCAUCCUGGCUGACUUAGCAAGCGAGAAGCCCCAAGUAAAGCUCCUGUACAUCACCCCAGAGAUGGCAGCUGCCUCUUCCUUCCAACCUACACUGAACUCUCUGGUGUCCCGAAACCUCUUGUCCUACCUGAUAAUCGAUGAAGCUCACUGUGUCUCCCAGUGGGGACACGAUUUCCGCCCUGACUACCUGCGGCUGGGCACCUUGCGUACUCGCAUACCCAACACACCAUGUGUUGCCUUGACUGCCACUGCCACCAAGCAGGUCCAGGAUGAUAUUGUGGCAGCACUUAGGCUAAAGCAGCCACUUUCCACAUUUAAGACUCCUUGCUUCAGGUCUAACUUGUUCUAUGAUGUGCAGUUCAAAGAGCUCCUGACUGAUCCAUACGCCAACUUGAAGGAUUUCUGCCUGAAGGCACUUGAAGUGAAGAACGCCUCUGGGGUGUACUCGGGCUGUGGCAUCGUGUACUGCAGGAUGAGGGACGCGUGUGACCAGCUGGCUACUGAACUGAGCUGCCGAGGAGUGAAAGCCAAGGCCUAUCACGCAGGACUCAAGGCAGCUGACAGGACUUCAGUCCAGAAUGAAUGGAUGGAGGAGAAGAUCCCUGUUAUUGUCGCAACCAUCAGUUUUGGAAUGGGAGUAGACAAAGCAAAUGUCAGGUUUGUUGCCCAUUGGAAUAUUGCGAAGUCAAUGGCUGGAUAUUACCAGGAAUCUGGCAGAGCUGGGAGAGAUGGGAAGCCAUCCUGCUGCCGCCUCUAUUACUCAAGAAAUGACCGGGAUCAAGUCAGCUUCCUGAUUAAGAAGGAGCUUUCUAACAUCCAAGAAAAAAAAGGCACCUUAAAAGAAUCUGACAAAGCUGUGAUGACGGCUUUUGAUGCCAUCGUGAGCUUCUGUGAAGAGCUGGGGUGCCGCCAUGCCGCCAUAGCGAAGUACUUUGGGGAUGUGACCCCACCUUGUAACAAGUGCUGUGACUACUGCAAGAACCCAGGGGCAGUGAAAAGGCAACUGGAGUCCCUGGAACGCUGCAGCAACAGCUGGAGCAAAACCUGCAUCGGGCCCACAGGUUCCCCCUGGGACAGCUACGAUCCAGAGCUGUACGAAGGCGGGAGAAGAGGUUGUGGAGGUUUUAGCAGGUAUGAUGAGGAAGGCGGUGGGAAUUGGGAUGAAGCCAAUGAAGAGAGUCGGAAACGGGAGUGGAACAACUUCUACCAAAAGCAGAUGAGUCUGCGCAGAGGCAAAGAACCAGAAAAGGAAGAUUUUGUUCCUCCAAGUGCAGACUGCCCCUUGAAGGAUGCCUCCAGCAGGAGAAUCUCUAAGCUCACAGUGAAGGGCCGGGAACACUGCUUGAAGAUGCUGGAAGAAGCUUUGAGCACCAAUCAAAAUGUUCCAGCAGGAGCAAAAGGGUCAGACCCUCAUGCCUGUGCUGUGGAGCUGGAGUAUGAAGUUUUCCGAACCAGUAAAAUGGCCAACUCAUACAAGGCAACUGUGCUGAAGAAGGUAGCAGAAAUCAACAAAGCCUCAAAACAAGGAGAGUUGUUCUCAGUCUUUGGGUCCGGAACUGGUGGCAACAGCAGCUUAGAAACAAAAUCUGGGUCUCCAGCAGAAGAGGACUUCCUCCCUGCAUCCCAGGUUUACUCGUUCAAACCUAAGCGGGUGGGAGCAGGAUUUCCAAAGAAAUCCAGCUUGUUCCAGACAGCUUCAGAACUGCUGAAGAUUCAGGAGGAGAGCGAUACAAAGCCUGUCAAAAAAGAAGAAGAUUGUCCAAAUGGGCAAGAUGACAGGACCUGCAGUCUGGAUGUGGACACUAAAAAACCUGUUCACCAGAAGAAAAAAAGAGCGACCAAAGCAACGUGUGAGAGUACUGGGGGAGAAGGAGUCCCUCCUGAAAAGAAGGCACAACACCCCAGUCCAGACACAAAAGCUGCCCUUUUGGAUAGCCCUCCUAAGAAGUCCAAACCUAGCAAGAAGCAGCAAAUGCUCGCAGAAGCAGCUAAAAAGGAAUCACAGGAUAUUUCCAAAUUCUUCUCCCUCCCCAAAGGUGGGUCUAAAGCCAAAAGUUGCAGCUCAGCAAAGGAAGAUGGCUGUUCUGCAAGGACACUACCUCAGGUUUCUUCUCAAAGCACGUGUCAAGAGAAACCAAUACCUCAGGGAAACAAAGAUGUCUCUGGAGAAGAUGUGACUGGACAGUCCCAGGCAGAGAAUGAAGAGCUGGGAGAGACAGAAGUAACACUGACUGAGAAAGAGGAGAAUUUUAAGGCCCAGCAGGCUGCUGAAUCUGAACUCCUUCAGGAAGAAAUGGGUGUAAAAUCCAGUGUUGCUGAAAAUGUCACAGAACCUGAGCUAAGUGUUGGGGAAGGUGACUGCGGGAAGCGACCAGGAUCCGAUGAGGAUACGGAAAGUCCCGCAACAAAGCGGCUACGAACAGUGGCAAAAUCUUCUAUUCUGUCCCAGCCAGAAAGCAAAAGUGUUUGUCCAACGAAGAAGAAGGUGACUUUUGAUCCAAACUUAUCACAGUGUGAUAAAGAAGGAACCAGCAAGACCGUGCAGCCAGUGACCAAAGGCAUGUCCCUCAAAGAGACGGCAGACAUCGUUGUCAAAUAUUUGACCCCGUUCUACAAGGGUGGCAAAUUUGCUUCCAAGGAUCUGUUCAAAGGCUUUGCUCGGCACCUGUCUCACUUACUGGCUGAGGAGCAGAAUCCUGCCCGCAAGACUGGUGAUGCUUCCUCUCUUGCAGUGAAGGAGGAAGCACAGAGACUCAUCAAGGAGUUUUUCAAAACAAGAGUCAGGUGUGAGAGCGAGAUGGACUGGCAGGAGCUGCAGAGCUCAGAGAGCUGAUCCUCACAUCCUGUUGGCUGUGUCUUCCUUCCUCCAGCUGUGGGACCAGGGCACCUUGAAGAACUCAGCCAUGGAGGGUUUUGUGAAACUGCAGAAGUGAGCUUAAUCCUUUUCCACUGUGUUUUUGCUCACUUCUGUCCUUAGUGACACGCACUUCCAGGAACCAGUUUCUGUGAACUUAGGCAGAGUUUCUGCAGUACCCAGGGCGCUGAAGCCCUCUAGUACCUCUUGCCAAGAGGUGUGGAGUCUGCAUCAGCUCUGCAGGUUGGGGGCUGCUGCCUCAGCUGUUCUGCAGUGUCUCCAACCCCAACUCCCUGCAGCAGCCUGGGAAGGGCUCAGUCUCUCCAGCUGGGACUCUGCUUUGGGGUGGCAUCUUGCUUCCUGGAUGGUUCCUCCCCUUCUUCCCCCAUCUCUUCGUUCUUAUCUCAGUGUUACCGAUAGAAGCCUUACGCUACAAGUUCAGUGCUUUGCUCAGGGCAUGUUUUUCCCUUGAAGGGCAGGAGGGGAGCCUUUUGUUUUUACAGUGCAGGCAAUGCCUACUUUCUGAAGGUGGAGAAACUCAGAUUCUUUUUCUUUUAAUCUUAACCUUUUUUUUUAACUUCGUCUAGUUCUGCCUGCCCUUUAAUUUAAGCGGUGAUGCUCUUUCAGUAUUAACCUCUCCAAUAGUGGCACCAAAGCUGCCAACACUUUUCCAGCAUUUGCUUGUAACCCCUAAAGCCAUAUUUGCUCCCUGUGCCUCGCCCACAGUCUGCAAUACAGAGGGCAAAGCUGCUCUUAAAACUGGUUAGGGUACUGCUGUGGCCCUCAGAUUGACACUGUGGGGCCUCUGCUGCUAUAUUUAUUUAGGACCUGAACCUUAGGGUGGGCUUUGAAGUAUCCUGACUCCCUGGCACAAGUCCUUUCUGCUGGGUUUUUGUUGGGUUCUACCUUUGUUCCAUGCCUGGUGGCCUCAGGCACUAGUGCUGCUAGAGGGAUCUGCAGCCUGAGAGGCCACCAAACGGGCUUUGGGAUCACUGUAUUUAACAGAUGUAUUUUUUUUAAAUGUACUGAAGGGUAUGUGUGCAUUGACAAUAAAACAAUCUUACAGCUGCUG